GAAUGAGCGAGAGCGAUGCUAAGUUGUCCUUUCAUCUUGCUCGGUUCCCGUCUUGUGAAUUAUCUCCCCGAAAUAACCCUUAGCAGUAAGCGUACUCUUUUCCUGAAAAUGACAUGCGCAUCGAGGCCGAAAAAAUAGUUCCUUCUUUUCGAAGCAAAACAAACUCAAGAAAACAUCUGUUAGCAAUGUAAUCGCUCCCUAGAAAUAUCUUGGCAAUUAAAGCAAGAACUCAAAGCAGUAAAUAGUCGCACAGCUUGUCCUAGCGUUUUUGUGUUUUGCGAUCAUCGUCAUCCGCCUCCUAAGACUAAGAGUAUCUGCACCUACAUUAACCGCCGUUGAAUGUUCAACAUCAUAGGGCGUCUCUGUGUCUAGCUAUUCAUUCCUAUUUUUUGACAUCAGCACGCCGCAGCCCCAGCAGAGACCAAGAAUUGCCUAGAUCGGCUGCUGGGGCUCGCGUUCUAUUAUUUAACUCAACUACAGUCAGGAACAGAGUCUAUUUCUAGGGGUUCUAUUUUUGCGGUCAGGCGAAUGUCUUACUACGCUCAGAAGUGACUUACUGUAGGCGCGUGACGUCGGACUUGUUCCUGGUCCACCUUUGAGGAUAGUUUCCGGUUUUGGAACUAGGCACAGAAACGAGAAAAGGUACGCCAGUCUAGUAGUGGCCGCAGUACCAAAGUGAAGAAGAUCCGUAGCUCAGAAGCCAUUGCGACGACAUCUUCAUGUGCAUCAACUACCCUGGAAAAAAAGCACACCGACGACAUAGCAUUAAUUAUAUUUGCCUGGAUCAGUGACAGUGUUCAGUGAGACCUGUUGUACCUGCGACGGAGCUUGCAAGCAGAACUAUCUUGGCCCUCACCGCAUCACAACGCGAAGAUAUUACCGAGAAUCCCGACGAACGUCCAGCACUAGAGUAGCCACAAAACAGGGAUUUCGAUCGGAAUAAACACCCACCUUCGCCAAGAAGAAAAUGGCUUCGUCAUCCGAUCAAAUCCAGUACCACAUACACGUGGUGGGCAAGUGGAUGGCCCCAGACUUCCACAAACUACGAACUGCAGCAGAAUUUCUCGCAAGUACGAGGUAAUUGUUGUUUUACAACUUUUCAAUAUUGUGAUUACAAGCUGUAUACGACCAUGAUGUGAGGUUUUACAUCGUACUCGUAGUUGAUCGUCAUGAUUCAAGAUCAACUUGGUAAAGGCUGACCAACGUAGCAGUACGUCACCAAGCACAUGCCGACCACGCCGCGAUAUCUCACAAGAACUCGCUCAACAUGUCACUACAGGUCAAAUGUCAAAGCGACGGUGGAAGGUUACUUCGAGACCCAGUAUGAAAUGCGACUCAAAAAGAUUGCUCACACGCUUGGCGGAGCAUUCGUACCACAAACUGUUUUAUCAAAGAUUUCGAUUUCUUGUUUUCUUUCUGGCGUAUUAUCAAUAUGGAUAUUAAUAGAGCAAGUGAGGCUCCUGCAGGUUUUAGUAAACAUGUUGAUAUUUUUAGAUUUUCAAGCUGUUUACAAGUACUUACUCACAUGAUUGAACACAUUAAUUAUGUCUCAAAGUUCUUGCAUGGUUGCUACAAGAAAUGCAUGAGUUUCAAUAUCAGUUUCUUGCGAAGCCAUCAAGCACGCUUGUGUAUGCCAUAGCAGACGAUGAAAAGGCUCUAUACUUCAAUAAUAUGGAUCGAUUUAUGGAGUGGGCAGAGAAAAGGUACUAGUUGUUCUUAGUUUAUGUUGACAACGGGAUUGACCCUGAAGAAGUUUGUUUUUGUUGUCAAAUCUAGAUUGACCUUAGCAGGUUGAUCAUUUGCUUGAGAUUGCGUUUAUUUGGGGUAUUAAUUGAAUUUGCACGGAUACGGACGAGAUAUAUCCUUGUUGACCUUCUUCUUUACAUCCGCAUCUUCAGGUUCAAAUACGAGGAUUCCACAUCAAUUUUGCUCUACAAGAGGAUGGCGAACAAGAGUCAGCAGCAACACUACGCAAAAAAUAGGAAAUAUUGCCAGUUGACUUUUCAGUUUGAUGGAAAAGAAGAGGAGCCAGUAGCGUUUGAACUCUUUUACAAGGAGUGUCCACGAGUAGUUGAGAACUUUCUUGCUCUAGUCCAGAGCGGCCGAUAUCUUGGAUCACCAGUACAACCUUGUUUACAUCAUAUUUGUCAGCUUAUAUAUAUUUUCACUUGUAAGAACUAGCACAAAUGACUUCAUCUGCUGACCAGUGGAAUGGAAUCACACUCAGUAGCCAUCACUGUCAUCUUGUUUCUAUCUCUUUGCGAUCUGGCCCUGCUUCAAGCUAGUACUUGCUAGCUGCUCUUUCUACCCACGCAACUUGAACAGAUACACCGAGUAAAGGAGGACUGCUUUAUCCAAGGAGGUGAUAUCGUGGACGGCUCUGGUAGCAAUUCUGUCUCAUCAACAGGAAGCCCAAUACCAGACGACUCAUUCAAGUACUAGUGUAAUGUUGACUCUGCUGAUGUCCAAAGAUUCCCAGCUUUGAUCUUCUUGCCUUCGCUUUCGCAUCUUUAGGUUUUUUGUUUUACGUAGAUCGAUGAUGAAUCCUAACUGCUGUUCUACCUUCAAGUUCACUUCGCCCUCGUCCACCACCACGAGCACGACCCAAGCAGGAUACUAUCUUCAAGACCUAACAUCACUUGUGAGGUACAAACACGACAGCGCAGGCCUAGUUGGGAUGUGCAAGAGUAGACUCGACACAAACGGCAGCCAAUUCUACAUCACAUUAGAUGAGUUGCCAUAUUUUGACGGAAAAAACCUGAUUUUCGGAAGGGUUAUUAGCGGCAUGCGAACAGUAUUCGCUGUCUUUCUUUGUUUGAAAUCGGCAUUGUGAAAAAUGGUGAUGUAGUGAAGACAGUUGAACAACUGAACAACGAGAAAAUAACAAGCAUUUAACUUAAAUGUGAACAUAUAUUUUUUUACGAAUUUUCGAACAGCUACUUCAUCAAUAAAUGCUCUAGCUCACAAUAUUUUUGAUAUAGCUGUACCCAUCGAUCUUCAGAUGUGGAAGAUAAGUCGUCUGCAAACGAAUUAUGCUGGCAGGCCCGUAAAGACCGUCAAAAUAUCAGCAGUGCGAUCCGACUUGCUUGACAAGAAGUCCGCCGAAAGUAAUGAUUCUACUUGCUGAGCUCAUCUGAUAAUCUAACUGGAACGCGAAUUCGAAGGCCAUGGUCCAUAUUUUUUUUUGUCAUAAAAGACCUGAACAACUAUACAUACAUAGUAUCCAAAACACUCACAGUUAGUGGCGACAACGUGAAGGCAGGAGAGGAAAAUGAUGCGGAAAGAGAAGAGCGGGAAGCAGCUGAAGAUCAAGCGGCCGCUGUGAAAGUACUUCACAUCGUCCUAGUUUGUCCACUAUAGAAGAAGAAGAAGAAGAAGAAGAAGUGCACGGCUGUAGUGACAAAAAUCAUUUGUUUAUGAUUUCAUAUUUCUUUUUGGCUGGAAGUGGAAGCCCGAAUCUCUCAUAUCCCAUCGAAGUUUGUUACCAUGACUUCUCUCAGGUUCAGUCGAUGUUUCGCGGAAAGGCAGCACGUAAAGACGUCGAGUCAAAAGUUGCAGCGAAAAAGCAGAAAGAACUUGAAGAGAAAAUGGCCGCCGAGCAGGCAGAAAGAGAACGAGCCGAGGAAGAGGAAGCAGCUACUAAAGUACAGGCCUUGUACAAAGGCAAGAAAGCCAGGCGACGCGUAGAUUUAAGGAUAAGGGUGUUAUGAUUAUAUAGGUUACAGGGCUCAGGGCUGAAGGGCCCUCCCGUGGAACCCUGCGAGCGUCUUAUCCACCUGAGGAGCGUGACGCGCGAGGGAUUACCAUCGUGGCGCGUGAUGGCGUGACGCGCGAGGGAGUAGUGUAGGCACGAGCGCGACGCGUGACGGCGUGACUCGCUUAGGAGCGUGACGCGCGUGGCUGAGAGUCUUAGCGAAGCGCGUGAGGGUGUGACGCGGGCGCUUAGGAGCGUGGCGCGCGUGAUAGUAUUAGCGAAGCGCGUGAGGGUGUGACGCGCUUAGUAAGGGGCGUGACUCGCAUAGGAUUAUGCGCGAGGCGCGUGAGGUUCGUUGUGUCGGCGGGGCGCGUGACGUGGGGCUUCGGGCGCUGGGGUGUGUCAAAUAGUGCGCGACUUAGGACGUGGCGCGCCGCCGCGACGUGUGGCAAUGUCACACGUGAGGGCGUGGCGUGUGGCGUCGUCAUGUGUGACGGCGUGACUUAGGGCGGCGUGGCGUGUGACGGUGGGAGGGUGUGGCGGUGUGUUGUCUGUGUGGUGGGUGAGGUGUCUGCGAGGGUGUUGCGAGCAUGUGCCCCGCAUCCCAUGGAUGGGCCGCCGAGCGUUGCCUUUGCGGGUGGCUUGUUUUGUUGUCGUGGUUGGGUCUAUAUCUCAUCCCCACGCUGCCGCCAUUGUCUGGCGCUUUGGUGGUCGUGUCUUUGCCAUCAGGUCGCCCACGGAUGUCCUUCAGAUCGUCAGGUCUCCCGCGGAUGUUCCUCAGAUCGUCAGGUCUCCCGCGGAUGUUCUUCAGAUCGUCAGGCUUCCCGCGGAUGUUCCUCAGAUCGUCAGGUCUUGCAGGGAUUUCCCUCAGAUCGUCAGGCCUCCCCCGGCCUGGAUGUUCCUCCGAUCGUCAGGGCUCGCCCCACGGAUGGCCUUCAGAUCAACAUACGCCAGGCCCCCCGCGGGUGUUCCUCCGGUCACGAGGCCUCCUGCGGGUGAUCUUCCGACCAUCAGGCCUCCCCCCCCGGAUGUUCCUCAGAUCGUCAGGUCUCCCCCGGAUGUUCCUCAGAUCGUCAGCGCCUGCCGGGUGAUCUUCCUCAGAUCAUCAGGUCGCCCCCGGAUGUUCUUCAGAUCGUCAGGUCUCACACGGAUGCCCCACAGAUCAUCAGGCCUCCCAGGAAUGUCCCGCAGAUCGUCAGGUCUCCCACGGAUGUUCCUCAGGUCGUCAGGCCUCCCGCGGAUGUUCCUCAGAUCGUCAGGCCUCCCCCGGAUGUUCCUCAGGUCGUCAGGCUUCCCGCGGAUGUCCCUCAGGUCGUCAGGUCUCCCGCGGAUGUUGCUCAGGUCGUCGGGUCUCCCGUGGAUGUUCCUCAGAUCAUCAGGCCUCGCCUCUUACGGAUGUUCCUCAGAUCGUCAGGCCCCCCCCGGAUGUUCUUCAAAUCGUCAGGGCUCCCACGGAUGUCCCGACCGUCAGGCGCGCGGCGUCACGCUCAAAAGCGUGCUGCGUCACGCAUGGGAGCAAGCAUAUUCUUCGCCCUUAUAGUAGGGCGGGGGGAAGGGGGGAAGGUUUAGUUCUGCGGUCUAUAGGACGCUCGCCAGGUCUUACAGGGCCCCCCCUCCGAUCUAACUUUUUGAGGGAGGGGGGGCCUCCAGCCCCGGGCCCUUUUUGCGACGCGCUGCCGGGCGGGAAGGCCUCGAAGCGCCCACCUCUGACCCCUUCCCGCUUCUUGCCUGGACCUUACAGCGCCACCACCCCGGAGGCCGUUGAAGCACUGCAGGGCGGACGUGGAAGGCUUCUGAAUGUGGCAAAGCUGCGUGGCAAGGCGGGACCCCCUUGGCGUGUUGUGUGUACCCUACAGACCUGGCAAGAAAGGUGACAAGGCGGGACCCCCUUGGCGUGUUGCUUGUACCCUACAGACCUGGCAAAGGUGGCAACGCUGGAGCUGGACCCCCUUGGCGUGUUGCAUGUACCCACCCGACAGGCCUGGCAAAGUAAGGCGGCGCGGCUCUUUUUGCCGUUCUCUUCCCCCUGUGGAUGGAUAUGCCAGAGGCCACCGACCACGCCACGGGUGGGCGCUUCUCGUCGCUCGUUCUGCUCUCGUCCCUCGUUCUGCUCUCUUCCUUCGUGCUCGUUCUUCUCUCGUUCUUCGUUCGUCUUCUCUCGUCUUUCGUUCCGCUCUCGUCCUUCGUUCUGUUCUCGUCCUUCGUUCUGCUCACGUCCCUCGUUCUGCUCUCGUCCCUCGUUCUUCUCUCCUCGCUCGUUCUGCUCUCGUCGCUCUUUCACCACGGUGCUGCCCCCCAGAUCCAUCCACAUGGGGGGGGCCUCCCUCCUUGGUACAUAUAUACAUCCAAAGUCUUGCAGUUGCACGUCUUCAUCGCGUUCGGCUUCAUCGUUUUCACUAGAAAAGGGUAAUAACGAUGACCUUAGCUUGUGAUGAAGUUCAAGCUUACCCGUUCUUGUUGUUCCUCGAAUGACCUCUAAUACAUGACAUGAAACAAGAUAAGGGUAAGGCAGGCGCUGUCACAUACGAGUCGGCUGAUGUGAAUGCGGCGAGUGGCGGCGAGGAAGUUGCAUAAUUAUGGUCAGCGCAAGUCGUUACCGUCACCCUGCUUUGAUGAUACCGAUUACAUAUAGUUGCUCUAGAAUUCUUAGUUAAUCAUUUGCGUCAAUGUCGCGGCAUCAACUUACUAACUCGUUAUACUAUCUUCUCGACCUUACCAUAUUGAAUCAAUCUUAUUACGCAGAGAUAAAAGCAAGGCGGUCGAAAAGAAGCCGAUCCCACUGCUCCGAUGUAAGCAGAGAAAAGUAUAUCCACAAACAUGUAAGCAAGAAGUUGUUACUGUUGCAUGAUGUCAUUUUUGAAGAUCGUAGUUCAACUUCAAGUGUCGCGAAGGUUAAUUAAAUAGAAGACUCCCCUGAGGACAAUAUUUAGUGAUACUUACGCGAGAUUAGAACUGGUUGUAGAACUUCAUGCUAAUACAUUCUCAAUAAACAUUUAUGUAACAAAAAAAUUAACAAUGCAUACUUUCACGGAUGUCUUCGAUACAGAGUUUCGUGUGACGUGAAGAAUAACUACAAGAUCAACGACGUCGUCAGGUAUUUUGUUAACGAAAAAGAACGACAAAUAGAAAGUGACGACCAGCAUGAUCAUGUCAUGAAAAUUUCAGCAGGACUCACUUCUUGUCGCACCCUAGUAUAGCAGGUUCGAGUCUAUCUCUGAUGACAAAAAGUGUUCCUCACACGAACUAGCCGUGGCGUCGUGAACCUAGACCACACCCUCAUCAAUAUUAAC